GACGCAUUCCGAGGAGUUUCUGUUUACCUGUCCGCCAGGUGCGCAGCGUCACGGCGGGGCGCCGAGCGGCUCCGGGCCGGUUCCUCUGCAGCGAUGUGUGACUGUCUGCCGGCGUGUCUGCGGCGGCUCCUCCCGGUGAAACCGAACCAGGGAGACGGGAAGGACAGGGCGGAUGCUGACGGGAGGAGACCCGAGGUCAGCCCGCCGCCGCCGCCGGACCGGCCGGACCGGCCGUCGGAAAGCGCCAUCUACACCGGGAUCUGGCCGUUCGAGGCCCGGCACCGGGACGAGCUGUCCUUCCAGGUGGGGGACCUGCUGGAGGUCCUGAGCCGCAGCGGGGACUGGUGGACGGCCAGGAAGAUCGAGAGGAACGGGCGCAUCCUGGGAACCGGCAUCGUUCCGCACAACUACCUGGCCAGAGCGGAGUCCCUGCAGAUGGAGCCAUGGUUCUUCGGGACGAUGAGUCGCUUCGAAGCCCAAAACAUCCUGAUGGAGCCAGCGAACCAGGACGCCUCUUUCCUGGUUCGGAAAAGCGAGAGGGACAGCAUCGGAUACGUUCUUUCAGUGAAAUCCAACAAUGCAGUCCGCCACUUUCGCAUCCCACAUAACGAUGGGAGUUUUUAUGUGGAGCAGACUCACAGGUUCAGCUCUCUGGCUGACCUGGUGACCUAUUACUGCCAACACAGCCUCAACGACAUCGACUCUCUGGGGAGUCCGUGCAACAAGAAAAAGCCAAACAUUGAGGAUAUCAACCACCUGCUGGAUGAUUGGGUUCUCCCGAAAAGCGAGUUCACCAUCGAGAACCAACUCGGCAACGGCUGCUUCUCGCAGGUGUUCCGCGGUCGCUGGAAGAACCACAUCAACGUCGCCAUAAAGGUCCUGAAAAAUGACUCUGUAGACAACACAGAGUUUCACAGGGAAGUUGAAAUCCUGAAGAGGCUGCAGCAUCGCCACCUGAUCUCCCUGUUCGCCAUUUGCACCGAAUCGUCGCCGUAUUACAUCAUCACCGAGCUGAUGGAGAAAGGCAGCCUGCUGCAGUUCCUUAGAGGGAAAGAAGGACAAAAUCAAGACGCUGCGUCUCUGAUUGACAUGGCCACCCAGGUGGCUGAUGGGAUGUCGUACCUGGAAGAGCAGAAGAGCAUCCACAGAGACCUGGCAGCUCGAAAUGUUCUAGUAGGAGAAGACUACAUCUGCAAGGUGGCCGACUUUGGGCUGGCACGACUCGUCAAGGAGCCGUUUUACAUCUCGGAAGAGAAGAAGAUUCCCUACAAAUGGUCGGCGCCUGAAGCCAUCAGCCACGGGAAGUUCUCCAUCAAGUCAGACGUUUGGUCUUUUGGGGUUUUGCUCUAUGAGAUCAUGACCUAUGGAAGUGUCCCAUACCCAGGCUUCAACAACCGCGAAGUUUACAACAUCAAGAGCGGCUACCGCAUGGAGGCACCGAGCAAAUGCCGCUUCGUCCACAGCAUCAUGCUGAACUGCUGGCAGGACCAGCGAGACAGGCCGACCUUCAAAGACCUCAAGGACAUGCUGGAGAGAAGCUACUAUGAGCUGGAGUCGCCACCAGAGGGCAGCAGGGAGCAGUGAUCUGCACACAAACAUGGCCGCUGCUGUGACAGAGAUUACUGGACAGGCCACUUUAAAGACUCUUCACAUCGUCACAACAAGAACAGAAUCAGAACCGGGGUGUCCAACGUGCGGCUCGGGGGCCAUUUGUGGCCCUCAGAACAAUUUUUGGAAACCCUUGAAGAUUGAAGUUUUUACUGAUGCCAUGUUGUUUAAAAAGUGAUACAAUUAAAAUCUUAAAAUGGAAAAUGUGAAGUCCAACACACAGAAUUCAACAGGUACAAAAACAUCCAGUGGCUUUUACUAAAAUUCAGAUCAUUUAGUAAAUCUAGCAAAAACAAAACUGAUUAAAAUACUCAAGAUGUUGUGGCCCCUGGAAGUUUCAACUUGACUUUUACGGCCCAAAUGUCAACAGUUUGGAGAACCUGAUCCAAACGAGGCAACUGCAGGUGCAACUUAUGAGUAAACGUUUACACUACGAGUGGAGAUGUUUCAAAUCGUGCAAUAGAGAUGAAUUUCUCUUUGUGUCUUUGUUCCUUCAGAGGAAACUGUAAAUAUUCUGGAGCUCAUGUUCAAGUCUCACUGGCAGGUUUUAGUGAACAUCACAACUUUCAGAUUGUGAAAUCAAUUUGAAUAUCAAGACAAUCUGAGUUGCAGCCAGUUU